GUCUUCCCCUCCAGAUCGAGUUAUCCUGAGUGGCUGCGACAACUAUUCGAGCGAGCAGGCUCCAUUCACCCUGAUCCUAGGAACGGAGAGAAAAUUAUCAAGCAGGGAAGGAAAGGCUUACAAUCAACUGAAGACAAUUCUCCCAUGCAGACGAAUCAACCUCGUGGAAAACGCUCAAGAAAGAGUAUUUUUCUAGUAGGACAGAAGUUAUCAGUGGAAGACAGUGGAUGGGCAGUUCAGGCGUUAGAUCCGACUUCCAGCCUCCAAGAACCUCUUCCAGAACUGACUCGACGCAAGGAGUCUCGACUGGUUGCCCUAAAUGGACUGGCCUACGUGAUUGGUGGAAUGGUACACUCAGAGCUGUCAACGUCAGUAGUGGAAUUCAACCCCAAGACCGGUAGGUGGCGACGAGUCGCGUCGAAUCUUCUCGCCCGCUGGGCACACGCUGCAGCUGGGUUUGGCUGCGGCAUCAUCUCCUGUGGAGGAUGGAAGGGCAAUACCGCAAUUGCGUUUGCUGAGCUCUUUCUGCCAGCAAAAAACAAGUAA